CUCCGAGCGGCCAAAGCUUGGAACCCCAAAUCCCUCCGCCCCGGAGUUCCCCUGAAUUUCUUGUUCUAACACUAUCCCCUGCUAUUCUUGAUUCAUCUUUCUAAGAACUCUAGGAUUUGUGCUCUUAACCCUCGGUUUCCGAUUUCUUUCUUCUGUCACUGUUGCAUUACAAUCGUGAAAGAUUUUAUCUUUCUCGUUCUUUCCUUUUUUGUUUUCGUUUGGGAAUUCAUUGUUGACAUUCCAGAUAUUAUCAUCGGAUAUCGGGUCUCUUUUAUGGAAUUUGAGGAACCUGUGAUUCAGCAUUCAAUCGAUGUUGGUGUUGGAGCAGGGAAUCAUGCGGCUCCACGCGUAAUUCCUGGACCGCAGCCGAUUAGGGUUGCAAGAAUUGUUGUUCCCUUUCCGCCUCACCGGGUCGUUACAUCUAGGGUUGGAUUCAACCUCGACGUGUUCUUGAGAAUGGAGAUGGAAAGGUCUUCGUCUCUCUCACAGAUCAUGAUGAACGAGGGUUUGGUUCCAUCAGAAGAAGAUGAAUUGAGGAGGAGAAAUGCCAUUCACAAGUUAAAGAAGAUAGUAAUGGAAUGGAUUAAAAGGGUUGCUUACAGACACCAACUCCCAAAAAGAUACCUCGCUAUGGCCUCGGCUAGGAUUUUGACUUUCGGUUCAUAUGGACUUGGGGCUCAUAACGCGUCAUCGGACAUUGAUGCAUUGUGUGUUGUCCCCUGCUUCGCUAAUAUGAGGGAAGACUUUUUCGUUUUGCUGUACAACAUACUUGCCAGCAGACCUGAAAUCUCAGACAUCUACUGUGUUAAGGAUGCUAAAGUUCCUCUGAUGCGCUUUAAAUUUGAUGGGAUCUCCGUUGAUCUUCCAUAUGCUCAACUUAAAGUAAUAUCCAUCCCAGAGAAUGUGGAUUUGUUCAACCCAUUUUUUAUGAGGAACAUUGACGAGAGCAGCUGGAAAAGUUUAUCAGGAGUACGUGCUAAUAGGAGUAUCCUUUCCCUUGUUCCAAGCAUUGAGGAAUUCCAAUCACUGCUGCGCUGCGUUAAGUUAUGGGCAAAGAGACGAGGGUUGUAUGGAAAUUUGCUAGGAUUUUUUGGUGGGAUUCAUCUAGCAGUCCUUUCAGCAUUCGUGUGUCAAAAGCAUCCAGCAGCAAAGUUGAGUUCCCUGGUGCUGAUCUUCUUCAAGACAUUUGCCUUUUGGCCUUGCCAUGCUCCGGUAGUCCUGCAUGACAGGUCGAUGAGGCCGUCUUUCAUCCCCGGAGAAAAACACGGUCUUUGGCCUAUCCACUUGCCGGGCAGUGAGUCUGAUUUCUGUCAUUCCAACAUCACCAGAAGCACUUACCACAAAAUCCGGGCAGAGUUUCUCAGGGGUCAUGCUUUGACAAAGGAGAUGUUGAGUCCGGGUUUUGAUUGGAGCGAGCUGUUUGAACAUUUUCCAUACGGGAAGAUAUACGGGCGGGUAGUGAAGAUAUCACUGUCAGCUAGUGAGAAAGAGGAGCUGGAGGUGUGGGUUGGGUGUGUGAAGUCGCGAUUCAGAUGGCUUGUGGUGAGGCUGGAGGAGGAAUUGCAGGGAUUCAUCGACCCCAACCCAACCGAGUACCAUCAUGUUUGCCCAGCAGCAGCAGGAGGAGGAGAAGAAGUAGUGUUCUACUGGGGGCUGCAGCCGGGGAGAAGCAAGUGGAUAGACAUAGAAGCAGUGGAGGGCGAGUUCAGGAAGACAUUGAGGAACGUGUAUCAUCAUCAUCAUCAUCCUGGCUCUUCUUCUUCUCCUUCUUCCACGGCGAGGAUGAAGACGACGAUGACGACAACGUUAGUAAUAAUAAUAUCAUUAAUGAUCACAACCAGCAGCGGCGGCGGCACCACCACAGACCCCGCCGGGCUUAGCGGUUUGGUGAAAAGCACCUGCAAAAACACGCCGAAUUACAACCUGUGCGUCCAAGUUCUGUCGGCGGACCACCGAGCCGGCAGUCCGAAAGCCGACGUGUCCACGCUAGCCAUCAUCGUGGUGGACGCCGUGAAGGCCGAGUCGCUGAAAGCGGCGGACAAGAUCAAGGAGCUGCGGCCGCGGCGGGGCGAUCUGAAGGCGGCGCUGGAGAAAUGCGAUUUCGAGUACAACAAGGUGAUCCUGGGGGCGGUCCUCGGCGAGGCUUACGAGGCGCUGACUAAGGGGAACCCCAAGUUCGCGGAAGACGCCAUGGUCGGCACCGCCACGUCCGCUCAGUCCUGCCAGGAUGCCUUCGGCGGCGCCGCCUCUCCGCUCUCACCAGUCAACGCGCGUGUGCGGGACCUCUCUGUCGUCGCCAGGGCCAUUAUCAGGAACUUGCUGUAAACCACGCGCCGCCACUCCGAUGAGUCCGACCCUCCCACGCGCUAUAUAUGCAAUUCAUUAAUAAUAAAAAAUUAAAGCUAAGCCCUCAUUAAUUACCAGAGUUAUUAAGAUUUGAUGCUUCCAAAUCUUUUUUAAAUUGCCUAUUUAAUUUUUUUAACAUACCUCCAAUAAAAAGUUAUGAUAAAUUAUCAAAAACAAUACUCGUAUCUAUUUAUUGUUGACAAGUUUAUGUCUUUGAAUAACAAGAGUGUGAUUUC